UUUUUUGUCUAUACCAAUAAAACUAUUUUCACUUAUCCAUCCAUCCGUCAAUUAAUCUCUAUCCACUUAUCUAUCUAUUAUCUCUCUGCCUAUUCAUCUAUCUAUCUAUCUGUUUGUCUAUUCAUUUAUCUAUCUAUCUCUCUGCCUAUUCAUCUAUCUAUCCAUUUGUUUAUCUAUCCAUUUGUCUAUCUAUCUGUCUAUCUCUCUCUCUUUAUCUAUCCAUUUGUCCAUCUAUCUGUCUAUCCCUCUCUCUCUUUCUAUUUAUCUAUUUACGUAUCCAUUUAUCUAUCUAUCUAUCGACUCAAUCCAUAUUCAUUCAUUCUGUUUCAUUUUCAUUUUAUUUUU